AGGCUGUGCAUGUGGGGCACGAUGGUGCCUGCCAGGGUGCUGGGGCUGCUGCUGUGCGUGCAUGUCUGCAUGGGCAGCGAGGAGCUGCGGCUGGUGGAUGGCGGUGGGCGCUGUGCCGGUCGCGUGGAGGUGAAGCACGAAGGCGAAUGGGGCUCCAUCUGCAGCUAUGACAUGCAGUGGAGCACGCGAGAGGCCAGUGUGGUGUGCCGCCAGCUGGGCUGUGGCACUGUGGCCCAUACGUCCCCAUACGCCCCAUUUGGGCAGGGCAAGGGACGCAUCUGGCUGCAUACCAUCUUCUGCGAUGGCACUGAGACCACCCUGCAGGACUGCUCUCACUACGGCUGGGGGAACCACUACUGUGGCCAUGAGUGGGAUGUUGGGGUGAUCUGCACAGAGGCGCUGGAGCUGCGGCUGGUGGACGGUCGGGGACCCUGCGAUGGGAGAGUGGAGAUGAAGCUGCGGGGACGCUGGGGCACAGUGUAUGACGGUGCUUGGGGCAUGAAUCAUGCCGAGGUGGUGUGCCAGCAGCUGGGCUGUGGCUCUGCUGCUCACACCACUUUUACCUCACACAUUUUGGAAGCCCACAGUACCCUAAUGUUGGCCCGUGUCAACUGCAAGGGAACUGAGAAAGCCAUCUGGGACUGCAACAUUCAGAGUUGGGGUCCCUACAGUGUCAUGACUGAUUAUAACGCCUCUGUGGUCUGCCAAGGGUUCUCCCGGCUGGCCGGAGGGGACAGCGAGUGCUCAGGAAGGCUGGAGGUGCGGCAGGGCCAGACCUGGGUCAGCGUCUGCCAUGGCCACGUGGACCUCAUGGCCGCCCAGGUCGUCUGCAGGGAGCUGGGCUGUGGUACUGCACUGGCCCUAUCUGGGGCUGAGCCGUUUGGGGUACCAGCAGGGCUAUUCUGGAAUGGUGCCUUUGAGUGCAAUGGCACCGAGCCCUUCCUGUCCGCUUGCACAAAGCGGCCUCCCCACAUCCAGAACUGCACCCAACCCGCUACCAUCAUCUGCUCCCCGUACACCGAGUUCCAGCUGGCAGAUGGAGUCUCAGUGUGCGAUGGGCGAGUGGAGGUGGAGGCACGAGGGGUGUGGGGGACCCUGUGUGCCACUGCCUGGGACCUGCCUGACGCACACGUCCUCUGCCACCAUCUGGGCUGUGGCACUGCUGUCUCCCUGCCCCCACCUGGCCGUUUUGGGAUGGGGACAGGGAUGCUGCGGAGCGAUGCCCUCAGAUGCAGUGGGAGCGAGCGGCACCCGGGCCAGUGCCCUAUGGAGGUGCUGGGGCAGCCCGCCUGCCCCCCCGGGCACACUGCAGCCGUCAACUGCUCAGGUGUCGCCGAGCCCCUGCGGCUGCACGGUGGGGAGAGCCGUUGUGACGGGCGGCUGGAGGUGGCUGUGCGCCCCGGAGUCUGGGCCCGUGUGCCUGUGGGGCUGUGGGACAACGGCACUGCCACCGUGGUGUGCCGGCAGCUGGGCUGCGGUGUGCCUGAGAAAAUCCAUGCUGCGCCGGCCAAUGGCUCGGGCCCCAUAGAGCUGCAGGAGCUGCGCUGUGUUGGCACCGAGGAGCUCCUGGCACAGUGCAAUGCAACACGGAUGGCCGCAGAGCCCAGCAAGAACCCCGAGGAGUUGGCCAUCGCAUGCUCAGGAAGCAAGCAGCUGAGGCUGGUGGGCGGCCGCGGGCGCUGUGCUGGCAGGGUGGAGGUGUACAGCGAAGGCACCUGGGGCACCAUCUGCCAGGACUCCUGGACCCGGCAGGAUGCCACCGUCGUCUGCCGCCAGCUGGGCUGCGGAUGGGCCCUGGAGGCUCCCGGCUCCGAGCGCUUUGGGCCUGGCACUGGGACGCUGUGGCUGGGUGCUGGGGGCUGCGCGGGGACAGAAGAUGCUCUCUGGCACUGCCCGGCCCCAGUGCAGCGCGGCUGCCGGCGUGGCGGCGGUGCGGGCGCCGUGUGCUCAGGGCUGCUGGACCUGCGGCUGAUGGGGGGAAGCAGCAGAUGCAGUGGGCACCUGGAGGUGCUGCAUGAGGGGACGUGGGGUCGUGUUUGCGCCAAUGGCACCAGCCCUGCCACGGCCACUGCCGUCUGCCGCCAGCUGGGAUGUGGCACAGCGGGGAGUCUGACAGACAACCCUGCAGAGGGCUCCGAGCCCGCCUGGCUGAGCUGGGUGAGGUGUGAGGAGGGGGCCCGCUCGCUAUGGCGCUGCCCCUCGGCACCCUGGCAGCUGCAGGAAUGCGGCCCCACCGGGAUCACCCACAUCACAUGUGACGAGGACAGCAGGGACAGCAGUGAGGCCACCAGCCCAGCCCCAGCUCUCACCCACAGCGCUGUCCCGCUGACUGCAGCACCGAGGAGUGUAUCAACACUCACGGUGCUGUGUGUGCUCCUGGGGACGCUGCUCUGCGUGGCCCUGGCCGCCCUGGCCGUGCAGGCACACCGCACACGGGCACACUGCCAAGGUCCCAGCAAGGGUGCUGCCUCCGAGGCUGUGUAUGAGGAGCUGGACUACAGCCUGAUGCCAGAGUACCAGGAGGUGCCCAGCCACACAGGUUCCCUGUCCCAGGGCUCAGGCAGAAACCUGUCCAAUCACAGUGGGGACGGCGCAGAGGAGAGUGACCUCCAGGUGUCCCCAGACCCCCCUGCCCAGCCCCAGCACAGCCCCUCGCAUGGCUACGACGAUGUUAUGGCUGUGCCGGAGGUGUCCCCCUCUCCCCAGCCCGGGGAUGCCCCGGCACAGCCCCCCGAGGACAUGGGCUAUGACGACGCUGGGGAUGUCUGCACCCUGGGGACGUCGCUGGACAUGCAGCACCCAGGCAGGCUGGCUCCCCUCGGUGGCAUGCAGGCAGUGAGCCCCGUGGUGGGGCUGCGUGACGCCAGCAGCGGAGACAAGCCUCAUAUUUGGGCACGAAGCAGGUUAUUGGAGGCUGGGACCCGGCAGGCGGCUGAUAACCCUGCUGAUAGCGGCUCCCACCGUACCUCGCCGUCCCCAUUGGCUCCUGCCAGCAGAGGCUGCCUAUAUCUCCCCCUCCCCAUCCUGGGCUGCAGGCUGUGCAUGUGGGGCACGAUGGUGCCUGCCAGGGUGCUGGGGCUGCUGCUGUGCGUGCAUGUCUGCAUGGGCAGCGAGGAGCUGCGGCUGGUGGAUGGCGGUGGGCGCUGUGCCGGUCGCGUGGAGGUGAAGCACCAAGGCAAAUGGGGCUCCGUCUGCAGCUACGACUUCGACUGGGACAUACGUGGUGCUGGCGUGGUGUGCCGCCAGCUGGGCUGUGGCACUGUGGCCCAUGCGUCCCCAUACGCCCCAUUUGGGCAGGGCAAGGGACGCAUCUGGCUGCAUCCCUUCGUCUGCCGCGGCACUGAGGAAUCCCUGCAGAACUGCCCCAACUUUGGCUGGGGGAACCACUUCUGUGGCCAUGAGUGGGAUGUUGGGGUGAUCUGCACAGAGGCGCUGGAGCUGCGGCUGGCGGAUGGCGGGGGACCCUGCGAGGGGAGAGUGGAGGUGAAGCUGCAGGGACGCUGGGGCACAGUGGCUGACGAUGCUUGGGACAUGGAUGAUGCCGAGGUGGUGUGCCAGCAGCUGGGCUGCGGCUCGGCUGCUGGCGCCUACCUGGCCUCACGAUUUCGGUUAGUAGAUACUCCCAUUAUGAUGGCCUUUAUUGACUGCCAGGGAGAUGAAGCUGCCCUGUGGGACUGUAACAUUCGGGGCUGGGGUCCCUACAAAGGCCCUCAUGAUUAUGACACUGCUGUUGUCUGUCAAGGGUUCUCCCGGCUGGCCGGAGGGGACAGCGAGUGCUCAGGAAGGCUGGAGGUGCGGCAGGGCCAGACCUGGGUCAGCGUCUGCCAUGGCCAUGUGGACCUCAUGGCUGCCCAGGUCGUCUGCAGAGAGCUGGGCUGUGGCACUGCACUGGCCAUACCGGGGGCCAGACAUUUUGGGGCAGCAACAGGGCUAUUCUGGAAUGGUGCCUUCGAGUGCAAUGGCACCGAGCCCUUCCUGUCUGCUUGCACACAGCAGACUCCCAGUAUCCAGAACUGCACCCAACCCACUGGCAUCAUCUGCUCACCCUACAGCAGGUUCCGGCUAACAGAUGGAGUCUCGGCCUGCACUGGACGAGUGGAGGUGGAGGCACAAGGAGUGUGGGGGACCCUGUGUGCCACUGCCUGGGAACUUCCUAAUGCACAAAUCCUCUGCGACCAUCUGGGCUGUGGCUCUGCCUUCUCCCUGCCCCCUCCUGGCCAUUUUGGGAUGGGAACCGGGAUGCCGCGGAACGAUGCCCUCAGAUGCAGUGGGAGCGAGCGGCACCCGGGCCAGUGCCCCGUGGAGGUGCUGGGGCAGCCCGCCUGCCCCCCCGGGCACACUGCAGCCGUCAACUGCUCAGGUGUCGCCGAGCCCCUGCGGCUGCACGGUGGGGAGAGCCGUUGUGACGGGCGGCUGGAGGUGGCCGUGCGCCCCGGAGUCUGGGCCCGUGUGCCUGUGGGGCUGUGGGACAACGGCACUGCCACCGUGGUGUGCCGGCAGCUGGGCUGCGGUGUGCCUGAGAAAAUCCAUGCUGCGCCGGCCAAUGGCUCGGGCCCCAUAGAGCUGCAGGAGCUGCGCUGUGUUGGCACCGAGGAGCUCCUGGCACAGUGCAAUGCAACACGGAAGGCCACAGAGCCCAGCAAGAACCCCGAGGAGUUGGCCAUCGCCUGCUCAGGAAGCAAGCAGCUGAGGCUGGUGGGCGGCCACGGGCGCUGUGCUGGCAGGGUGGAGGUGUACAGCGAGGGCACCUGGGGCACCAUCUGCCAGGACUCCUGGACCCUGCAGGAUGCCACUGUUGUCUGCCGCCAGCUGGGAUGCGGAAGGGCCCUGGAGGCUCCUGGCUCCGAGCGCUUUGGGCCUGGCACUGGGACGCUGUGGCUGGGUGCUGGGGGCUGCGCGGGGACAGAGGAUGCUCUCUGGCACUGCCCGGCCUCAGUGCAGCGCAGAUGCCGGCGUGGCGGCGGUGCGGGCGCCGUGUGCUCAGGGCUGCUGGACCUGCGGCUGAUGGGGGGAAGCAGCAGAUGCAGUGGGCACCUGGAGGUGCUGCAUGAGGGGACGUGGGGUCGUGUUUGCGCCAAUGGCACCAGCCCUGCCACAGCCUCUGCCGUCUGCCACCAGCUGGGAUGUGGCACAGGGGGGAGGCUGGCAGCCAUCCCUGCAGAGGGCUCCGAGCCCGCCUGGCUGAGCUGGGUGAGGUGUGAGGAGGGGGCCCGCUCGCUAUGGCGCUGCCCCUCGGCACCCUGGCAGCUGCAGGAAUGCGGCCCCACCGGGAUCACACACAUCAUGUGUGACGAGGACAGCAGGGACAGCAGUGAGGCCACCAGCCCAGCCCCAGGUACUCUCACCCACAGCGCUGUCCCGCUGACUGCAGCACCGAGGAGUGUGUCAGCACUCACGGUGCUGUGUGUGCUCCUGGGGACGCUGCUCUGCGUGGCCCUGGCCGCCCUGGCCGUGCAGGCACACCGCACACGGGCACACUGCCAAGGCCCCAGCAAGGAUGCUGCCUCCGAGGCUGUGUAUGAGGAGCUGGACUACAGCCUGAUGCCAGAGUACCAGGAGGUGCCCAGCCACACAGACUCUCUAUCCCAGGGCUCAGGCAAAAAACUGUCCAAUCACAGUGGGGACGGCGCAGAGGAGAGUGACCUCCAGGUGUCCCCAGACCCCCCUGCCCAGCCCCAGCACAGCCCCUCGCAUGGCUACGAUGACGUUAUGGCUGUGCCGGAGGUGUCCCCCUCUCCCCAGCCCGGGGAUGCCCCGGCACAGCCCCCCGAGGACAUGGGCUAUGACGACGUUGGGGACGUCUGCACCCUGGGGACGUCGCUCCAGGUCCCCAUGUCAGGGAAAACACCCCCUCGUACCUGUGCUGCAGGGAGGGCACGGGGCUGCAUGUGCCCAGAUGCAGGCGGUGAUGCUCUGUCCCACUGGCUGCUGCAUGGGGCCGCUUAUGGCCCUCCUGGGGCCAUAUUCGCUUAUGGCGUAUAUCCUGGCCAGCACGGGGACCUUAGUCACACCACUGCUGCCUGUGGAAGCACAAAGGCAGCUGCAGGACCCCACAGUGAUGUGGUGGCCUCUAGAGUGCAGAGGGAGUCCCCGUUUGGGGUCACUCCUGUCCCUGUGGGGACCCUCUCCUCAUGGGCACAAUCAGAGCCCCAGCCCCUGCUCAGGGACAUGCAGCACCCAGGCAGGCUGGCUCCCCUCGGUGGCAUGCAGGCAGUGAGCCCCGUGGUGGGGCUGCGUGACGCCAGCAGCGGAGACAAGCCUCAUAUUUGGGCACGAAGCAGGUUAUUGGAGGCUGGGACCCGGCAGGCGGCUGAUAACCCUGCUGAUAGCGGCUCCCACCGUACCUCGCCAUCCCCAUUGGCUCCUGCCAGCAGGGGCUGCCUAUAUCUCCCCCUCCCCAUCCUGGGCUGCAGGCUGUGCAUGUGGGGCACGAUGGUGCCUGCCAGGGUGCUGGGGCUGCUGCUGUGCGUGCAUGUCUGCAUGGGCAGCGAGGAGCUGCGGCUGGUGGAUGGCGGUGGGCGCUGUGCCGGUCGCGUGGAGGUGAAGCACGAAGGCGAAUGGGGCUCUGUCUGCAGCUAUGACAUCCACUGGGACGCACGAGAGGCUGGUGUGGUGUGCCGCCAGCUGGGCUGUGGCACUGUGGCCCAUACGUCCCCAUAUGCCCCAUUUGGGCAGGGCAAGGGACGCAUCUGGCUGCAUCCCUCCUUCUGCCAAGGCACUGAGACCACCCUGCAGGACUGCUCUCACUACGGCUGGGGGAACCACUACUGUGGCCAUGAGCGGGAUGUUGGGGUGAUCUGCACAGGUGAGGUGGGGGGCUCGAUGGGAACAGAGUGCCAGGACCCCUGGGCAGGGCUGAGGCCGAUUCCUGAUGCAGAGGCGCUGGAGCUGCGGCUGGUGGACGGUCGGGGACCCUGCGAGGGGAGAGUGGAGGUGAAGCUGCAGGGACGCUGGGGCACAGUGGCUGACGAUGCUUGGGGCAUGAAUCAUGCCGAGGUGGUGUGCCAGCAGUUGGGCUGUGGCUCAGCUGCUCACACCACCUUUACCUCACAAAUUUUGGAAGCCCGUAGUACCCUAAUGUUGGUCCAUGUCAACUGCAAGGGAACUGAGAAAGCCAUCUGGGACUGCAGCAUUCAGGGUUGGGGUCCCUACAGUGUCAUACAUGAUCAUAACGCCUCUGUGGUCUGCCAAGGUGAGACCUGUGGGCAGCAGGCAGUGAGGGGAGUCAUGUGGGAAGCAAAGUUCGCUUCUGAAAGCGGCCGAGCACCCAUCGCACCAGCCCAGCCCAGCAGCCCACCUCUCCUGGCAGGGUUCUCCCGGCUGGCCGGAGGGGACAGCGAGUGCUCAGGAAGGCAGGAGGUGCGGCAGGACCAGAACUGGGUCAGCGUCUGCCAUGGCCACGUAGACCUCAUGGCCGCCCAGGUCGUCUGCAGGGAACUGGGCUGUGGUACUGCACUGGCCCUAUCUGGGGCUGAUCCGUUUGGGGUACCAGCAGGGCUAUUCUGGAAUGGUGCCUUCGAGUGCAAUGGCACCGAGCCCUCCCUCUCCGCUUGCACAAAGCGGCCUCCCCACAUCCAGAACUGCACCCAACCCGCUACCAUCAUCUGCUCCUCCUACAGCGGGUUCCGGCUGGCAGAUGGAGUCUCGGUCUGUGAUGGGCGAGUGGAGGUGGAGGCACGAGGGGUGUGGGUGCCCCUGUGUGCCACUGCCUGGGACAUGCCUGAUGCACACGUCCUCUGCCACCAUCUGGGCUGUGGCUCUGCCAUCUCCCUGCCCCCACCAGGCCAUUUUGGGAUGGGAACAGGGAUGCCAUGGAGCGAUGCCCUCAUAUGCACUGGGAACGAGCGGCACCCGGGCCAGUGCCCCGUGGAGGUGCUGGGGCAGCCCGCCUGCCCCCCCGGGCACACUGCAGCCGUCAACUGCUCAGGUGUCGCCGAGCCCCUGCGGCUGCACGGUGGGGAGAGCCGUUGUGACGGGCGGCUGGAGGUGGCCGUGCGCCCCGGAGUCUGGGCCCAUGUGCCUGUGGGGCUGUGGGACAACAGCACUGCCACCGUGGUGUGCCGGCAGCUGGGCUGCGGUGUGCCUGAGAAAAUCCAUGCUGCGCCGGCCAAUGGCUCGGGCCCCAUAGAGCUGCAGGAGCUGCGCUGUGUUGGCACCGAGGAGCACCUGGCACAGUGCAAUGCAACACGGAUGGCCACAGAGCCCAGCAAGAGCCCCGAGGAGUUGGCCAUCGCCUGCUCAGGAAGCAAGCAGCUGAGGCUGGUGGGCGGCCGCGGGCGCUGUGCUGGCAGGGUGGAGGUGUACAGCGAGGGCACCUGGGGCACCAUCUGCCAGGACUCCUGGACCCUGCAGGAUGCCAACAUCGUCUGCCGCCAGCUGGGCUGCGGAAGGGCCCUGGAGGCUCCUGGCUCCGAGCGCUUUGGGCCUGGCACUGGGAUGCUGUGGCUGGGUGCUGGGGGCUGCGCGGGGACAGAGGAUGCUCUCUGGCACUGCCCGGCCCCAGUGCAGCGCGGCUGCCGGCGUGGCGGCGGUGCGGGCGCCGUGUGCUCAGGGCUGCUGGACCUGCGGCUGAUGGGGGGAAGCAGCAGAUGCAGUGGGCACCUGGAGGUGCUGCAUGAGGGGACGUGGGGUCGUGUUUGCGCCAAUGGCACCAGCCCUGCCACGGCCACUGCCGUCUGCCGCCAGCUGGGAUGUGGCACAGCGGGGAGUCUGACAGACAACCCUGCAGAGGGCUCCGAGCCCGCCUGGCUGAGCUGGGUGAGGUGUGAGGAGGGGGCCCGCUCGCUAUGGCGCUGCCCCUCGGCACCCUGGCAGCUGCAGGAAUGCGGCCCCACCGGGAUCACACACAUCACGUGUGACGAGGACAGCAGGGACAGCAGUGAGGCCACCAGCCCAGCCCCAGCUCUCACCCACAGCGCUGUCCCGCUGACUGCAGCACCAAGGAGUGUGUCAGCACUCACGGUGCUGUGUGUGCUCCUGGGGACACUGCUCUGCGUGGCCCUGGCCGCCCUGGCCGUGCAGGCACACCGCAUACAGUCCAAGUGCCAAGGCCCCAGCAAGGAUGCUGCCUCCGAGGUUGUGUAUGAGGAGCUGGACUACAGCCUGAUGCCAGAGUACCAGGAGGUGCCCAGCCACACAGGUUCCCUAUCCCAGGGCUCAGGCAGAAAACUGUCCAAUCACAGUGUGGACAGUGCAGAGGAGAGUGACCUCCAGGUGUCCGCAGACCCCCCUGCCCAGCCCCAGCACAGCUCCUCGCAUGGCUACGACGACGUUAUGGCUGUGCCGGAGGUGUCCCCCUCUCCCCAGCCCGCGGAUGCCCCGGCACAGCCCCCCGAGGACAUGGGCUAUGACGAUGUUGGUGUCUGCACCCUGGGGACGUCGCUGUGAGCAGGCCCCGGGGACAUGGCUGGGACAGGGACCUCUGUCCCCAAGAACGGGUGGCCCUGUGGCCUUGGCAGCAUCACCCCUUCCUGCCUGGUACACAGGACAGCAGCAAACUGCUUGGUUCUCCUUCCUGCAGCCGGGACACAACAGCUCAACAGGUUUUUGUUAUAUUAUUUUCCUGUAACUCCUUCCUUAUGAGUUUCUCUUGUUUAUUAAAUGCCCAGAACUCUGCAGAAA